AGUCUAAAACCCUAAACCCUCCUUAAAGAGUUGCUCUCUCUCUUUUUCUCUGCUUGCUUCUGGCAUUCCUUUCUUCUGGGUCUCCUCCUUGGUUGAUUUCUCUUCAAUUUCCGUCCCUUUGCCAUGGCCACAGCAGCCUUGUUCCGCUCCCUUCGGCGCCGUGAUGUUGUCUCUGCUUCUUUCUCUACCUAUCGCUCGUUGACAGGUAGCUCUAAACCAGCACAUGUCAAUCAAUUCUGGACAAGUUUGUCUCGCCCAUUCAGCUCAAGGCCUGCUGGUAAUGAUGUUGUUGGUAUUGAUUUGGGUACUACCAAUUCGUGUGUUGCUGUUAUGGAGGGAAAGAAUCCUAAAGUCAUUGAAAACUCUGAAGGAGCUCGUACAACACCGUCUGUGGUUGCCUUCAAUCAGAAAGGAGAGCUGCUUGUUGGUACGCCAGCCAAACGGCAGGCUGUAACCAACCCAACAAACACAGUUUUUGGAACCAAGCGUUUGAUUGGUAGGCGAUUUGACGAUCCUCAAACUCAGAAGGAGAUGAAGAUGGUCCCAUACAAGAUUAUUAAGGCUCCAAAUGGGGAUGCAUGGGUUGAAGCUAAUGGGCAGCAAUAUUCUCCUAGCCAAAUUGGUGCCUUUGUACUUACCAAAAUGAAGGAAACUGCAGAAUCAUACCUUGGAAAGUCUGUCUCAAAAGCUGUAAUCACUGUGCCCGCUUACUUCAAUGAUGCACAGAGGCAGGCAACAAAGGAUGCUGGUAGAAUUGCAGGGCUUGAUGUUCAGAGAAUCAUAAAUGAGCCCACUGCAGCUGCACUUUCGUAUGGGAUGAACAACAAGGAGGGUCUAAUUGCAGUUUUUGAUCUUGGAGGUGGAACAUUUGAUGUUUCCAUAUUAGAAAUUUCCAAUGGUGUUUUUGAGGUGAAAGCAACAAACGGUGACACUUUCUUGGGAGGAGAAGAUUUUGACAAUGCCCUGUUGGAUUUUCUAGUGAGUGAAUUCAAGAGAACUGAGAGUAUUGAUCUUUCAAAGGAUAGACUUGCCUUGCAAAGACUCAGAGAAGCCGCUGAGAAGGCUAAGAUUGAAUUGUCAUCAACAUCUCAAACUGAAAUCAACCUGCCUUUCAUCACUGCUGAUGCAUCUGGUGCAAAGCAUCUGAAUAUCACAUUGACUAGGUCCAAGUUCGAGACUUUGGUGAAUCACUUGAUUGAAAGGACAAAGGCACCAUGUAAGAACUGCUUGAAGGAUGCCAACAUCUCCAUUAAAGAUGUUGAUGAGGUUCUUCUGGUUGGUGGGAUGACUCGCGUGCCUAAAGUGCAAGAGGUUGUUUCUGAGAUCUUUGGAAAGAGUCCUAGCAAAGGUGUAAAUCCUGAUGAGGCAGUUGCAAUGGGAGCAGCUAUCCAAGGUGGUAUCCUACGUGGAGAUGUUAAAGAAUUGCUUCUCCUAGAUGUGACCCCACUGUCAUUAGGUAUUGAAACUUUGGGUGGUAUCUUCACAAGGUUGAUUUCAAGGAACACUACAAUCCCUACCAAGAAGAGUCAGGUGUUCUCAACUGCAGCUGACAAUCAAACUCAAGUAGGCAUCAAGGUGCUGCAAGGAGAGCGUGAAAUGGCUUCUGACAAUAAACUACUUGGAGAGUUUGAGCUUGUUGGCAUCCCCCCUGCCCCAAGAGGUAUGCCUCAAAUUGAGGUCACAUUUGACAUUGAUGCCAAUGGUAUUGUCACCGUCUCUGCCAAGGAUAAAGCCACUGGUAAAGAACAACAAAUCACUAUUCGUUCAUCCGGAGGACUUUCUGAAGAUGAGAUUGAGAAGAUGGUCAAAGAAGCUGAGAUGCAUGCCCAGAGAGACCAGGAAAGAAAGGCUCUGAUUGAUAUCAGAAACAGUGCAGAUACUACCAUCUACAGCAUUGAGAAGAGCUUGAAUGAGUACAGAGACAAGAUUCCAAGUGAAGUUGCCAAAGAGAUCGAGGACGCAGUUGCAGAUUUGAGGACUGCAAUGUCAGGCGACAAUGCAGAGGAAAUUAAGGCCAAGGUUGAUGCUGCUAACAAGGCUGUCUCCAAGAUUGGCCAACACAUGUCAGGUGGCGGUAGUGGUGGUUCAUCUUCUGCUGGAGGAUCUCAGGGUGGUGACCAGGCCCCUGAGGCAGAAUAUGAGGAGGUCAAGAAGUGAAAAAUGUAGUAUAGUUAUUGCUAGCUGUUUAAUGUAUCACUUAGAAUUAAUGAUUACAGGAUGAUGAAUAUUUGCCAACAGGGUAAGAGGUUCAUGCAACUUUUUGUUUAAUGUUUUUAAGGGUCAUUUAUAAGAUGAGGCUGUUCAUUGGUGUUGUCCUCAGAAAGGCAUUGAACUGUGCCCUUGGAAUAACGACGCUGAAAUUUUUGUCGUUUUGGCUUCAAGUGUUCUUUUCGCA